AUGGCUCCCAUUUCUAUUGCAGACAUUGUCUCUGCCCUACCCUCGGAGGAGGAAUGGGGUCCUCCAACCCCAUCUGAGACUACCCUCGACGGUGUCCCCUAUGCGCCUUUCUCCAAGGGAGAUAAGCUCGGUCGCAUGGCUGAUUGGACUACUGAAGGCAAAGAUCGUGAGCGUGGUGGACGUCAAAACUACAACCGUAACUUCCGUGACCAACAGGUUUAUGGUGCCGGAGCAUCUAGUCUCUUUGCUGUGCAAGUCGCAGAAGACGAAUCCUCAUUCUCCGUCGUCGAUAACACUCGUACAUCUACCAAGACCCGGGGCUUCGGACGAGGUGGCGGUACCAUCUUCCGUGGCCGUGGCCAACGUGGCGCACUCCAGCGCGGUGGACGAGCUGGUUUCCAAAGAGUUGGUGCUGGCCGUGGACAAGACCGUACCUAUGAUCAGCGCAGUGGUCGAGGUGGCCGUGGACGUCGUUUUGGAUGGAAGGACUAUGACAAGCCCCAGCGCAACCGUGACAGCUCCGUCAACAUUCGCCCUGACUGGGGUCUCCUCGAGGAAGUUGAUUUCAAUCGCUUGUCCAAACUUCAUCUCGAGUCACCGGAUGGAGAGGAUCUUGACAACUAUGGCUUCCUUUAUGCCUAUGACCGAUCUUACGAUAAGGCGCCUGUUAAGGGCACUGAGCGCAAGCUUCAAUCCCUCGACCGUGCCGCUUACAACGUGACUACAUCCUCCGAUCCCGUCAUCCAAGAACUUGCCGAGAAGAACGAGGCCACUGUUUUCGCUACUUCCGAUAUCCUGUCUAUGCUCAUGUGCGCUCCUCGCAGUGUAUACUCGUGGGAUAUCGUGAUUGUCAAGCAAGGCAACAAGAUCUUCUUCGACAAGCGCGAUGGUGCCUCCAUUGACUUGGUCACCGUCAACGAGAACGCCGCAGAUGCACCCCUCGAAGCCUCCGAGGCUGGCGGCAAACAAGACUCGAUCAACACCCCCGGUGCCUUGGCUUUAGAAGCCACCGUGAUCAACCACAACUUUUCCCUGCAGACCGUGAUCGAAUCCGAAAAGGACAAGGUCGAGUUCCCCAGCCCCAACCCAUUCUAUAACCCCAGCGAGGAAACCGAACCUCUUGCUUCCAAGGCCUACAAGUACCGACGCUUCGACUUGUCUCUUGAGAAGGACGAGGAACCCCUCAACCUUAUCGUUCGCACAGAAGUCGAUGCCGUCUUGAAGGGUACCACCGGAGCCGACCAGCACAUCGUGAUCAAGGCCCUCAACGAAUUCGACCAUAAGGCCCAGGGUGCCGGCGGUGCCCUCGACUGGCGUACCAAGCUCGCUUCUCAACGUGGUGCCGUUGUCGCCACCGAAAUGAAGAACAACAGCUGCAAACUCGCUCGCUGGACUMCCCAAGCCAUUCUCGCUCAGGCCGACCACAUGAAACUUGGUUUCGUCUCUCGCAGCAACCCACGCUCCUCCACUUCUCACGUCAUCUUAGGCGUUGUAGGCUACAAACCCCGCGAGUUCGCUACUCAGAUGAACUUGAACUUGGGCAACGGAUGGGGUAUUGUUCGUACCGUGGUUGACUUAAUCCGCAGCUUGGACGAUGACGAGGAUGAGGAGGAAGGUGAGGACAGACUCAAGAAAUACGUUCUCGUCAAGGACCCCAACAAGCCUGUUGUGCGCUUGUACAGAGUUCCUCAGAACACAUUCGAAGAAGAGGAAACUAUUGCCGAGGAGCCUGAGGAGAAGGCUGAAGAGGAAGAAUAG